AUGGAUAAAUGGUUGAUGAAUAAGCGAACAUUUGAAACCACUGAAGAUGAACAUUCAACUUCGAAUUUAAAUAUAAAACGAAAAAAAGUGACGAGAAAGUAUGAUUCAGAAUACCUGAAAAUUGGUUUUUCUUGGAAUGAAGAUAUUGAUGAUCCACGACCACAGUGUAUUAUUUGUUAUGAAAUGCUUGCAAACGAGAAAGUCAACGAUUUACGGUCGGCAUUCAAACUGCAUAUAUGUACAAUUAUUUUAGUUGAACGAGAAAUGAAUAAUUAUUCUCAGUUUGCACAAGAGCGUCCACCGCAACAUGAUGGCGCUCCUCCACGUUCACAACAAAACGGUCAACACAAUUCGUCAGCUAACUAUGUACCGUCUUAUAACCAGGCCGAAAGACCGUUGAAUGAUCAAUUUUCGCAACUGGGAUUUAAUAACGGACGAUCACAACCACCAGUUCCAAAUAAUACUUUGCAACCAGGCUUUCCACCACAACCUUAUUCAACACUGCAGCAGCCAGGCUUUCCACCACAACCCAAUUCAAUUCUGCAGCAGCCAGGAUUUCCACCACGGCAAAAUUCAACUCUGCAACACCCAGAAUUUCCAUCUCAACCUAAUAAUUCAACUCUGCAGCAAUCAGGAUUUUCUCAAUAUAAUUUUCCCAAUUUAAUAUUGCAGCAGUCUACUUUUCCACCUCAACAGCAACAAGGUUUUCCUCCUCAAUCAGGAAGUUUACCAUCUCAACAAAUGGGUUUUCCUCCUCAAACUGGUAAUUUACCAUCACAACAAGCACCUCAACAGCAGUGCUUAACGUCUCAACAACCUCAACAUCCACAACAACCUGUGUAUUCACAGCAACAAAAUAGUUUUCAUCCUCAACACCGUGGUUAUCCACCUCAACAACCUGGGUAUCCACCUCAACAACCUGGGUAUCCAACUCAACAGCCAGGUUUUAAUCAAGGUACACCAGCUUAUAUGAGUCAGCCAACUCCAAGUAGGAGAUUAGAUCCUGACCAAAUGCCAAGUCCAGUACAAGUUAUAUAUGAUGACCAAUUAAGUAAAAGUGGUUUAUUUUUAACUAAUCAAAGAGGUUUAGUACCCCCUUUGGUUACUACAGAUUUCACAGUGCAAGAUUCUGGUAAUGCAUCACCUAGGUUGAUAAGAUCAACUAUGUAUUGCGUACCUAUUACAACGGACAUUAUGAAAGAGAUAUCUGUACCAUUUGGAUUAGUUAUCAGUCCAUUGGCAAAAGUAAAACCAGAUGAAUAUCCUCUACCUAUUAUUGAUACUGGUGAAAUUGGACCAGUUAGAUGUAAGAGGUGUAAAGCUUACAUGAGUCCAUUUAUGCGGUUUAUUUAUGGUGGAAAACACUUCACUUGCCUUUUAUGUAAAUCUAUAACAGAGGUACCAGUUGAAUAUUUCCAACACUUGGAUCAUACUGGUCAACGGAUCGACCUCUCUGAAAGACCUGAAUUAGGUUUUGGAUCAUAUGAAUUUAUCGUUCCAAAAGAAUAUUGUAGGAAAGAAAUGCAACCAAAACCUCCUGCGUAUAUAUUUGUAAUAGAUGUUUCUUAUAAUAAUAUAAAAUCUGGACUUGUUAAACUCAUAUGUGCUUUCAUGAAAGAAUUAUUAACUCAAUUACCUACAGAGUUGGGAAAUGAAAAAAGUAAAAUACGUGUUGGUUUUAUAACUUAUGAUACAACUAUUCAUUUUUAUAAUUUAAAGGAAACAUUAGCUGUUCCACAAAUGAUGAUUGUUGGUGACACUUCAGAAGUUUUUAUGCCAUUGGUAGAUGGGUUCUUAUGUGAUCCAGAACAAUCAUCUCAAGUUAUCGAUGCACUUAUGGAACAAAUUCCCACUCAUUUCAAUGAAACAAGGAUUACUGAAACUAUUCUUCUUCCAGCAAUAAAAGCAGGAAAAGAAGCAUUGAAGAAUGCUGAUUGUUGUGGUAAAUUAUUUGUAUUUCAUUCAUCCUUACCAAUAGCAGAAGCUCCAGGUAAACUUAGGAAUCGGGAAGAUCGAAAAUUACUUGCCACCGAUAAAGAAAAAACUAUGUUGAAUCCGCAAACAAAUGUGUAUAAAGAAUUAGGAGAGGAGUGUGUUCAAGUGGGAUGUAGUGUUGAUCUAUUCAUCACUAAUAACUCUUUUAUAGAUUUACCUACAAUCGGUCAAAUUUCUAAAAUUAGUGGUGGUGAAAUUUUCAAAUAUACGUAUUUCCAAGCUGAAGUUGAUGGUCAACGAUUCUUGUCUGAUUUAAAACAUGACAUAAGCCGGCCAACUGUUUUUGAUGCUGUAAUAAGAGUACGAACAUCUACUGGUACUCGACCAACUGAUUUCUAUGGGCAUUUUUUUAUGUCAAAUUCUAUUGAGGUUGAGUUAGCUGCAAUUGAUUGUGAUAAAGCUAUUGCAAUUGAAGUAAAACAUGAGGACAAGCUUGAUGAACAUGAUGGAGUAUUAGUACAAACAGCCAUGUUAUACACGUCAUGUAGUGGACAGAGACGUGUGCGUGUAUUAAAUCUAUCAUUACGUUCUAGUGGACAAAUGGAUGAAUUAUAUCGUAGUUGUGACUUAGAUACAAUAAUGAAUUUCUUUGGAAAACAAGUUAUGUUUAAAAUAUUGGAAAGUUCUGGACGACAAGUAAAGGAAGCAAUUACUAAUAAAACUACUCAAAUAAUAGCUACUUAUAGAAAACAUUGUGUAUCAUCAUCUUUAGAUGCUCAACUUAUAUUGCCUGAACGCAUAAAACUAAUGCCUCUAUAUGUUAAUUGUUUAAUUAAAUGUGAUGCAAUGUCUGGUGGUCCUGAUCUGACAGUUGACGAUCGUUGGUUUAAUAUGCAUCUGGUUAUCACUGCGGAUAUACCUACAACAUUGGGUUAUUUCUAUCCACGUCUGAUUCCCAUUCAUACACUUGCUGAUAAAAAACUCUUGGAUGAUGUUUCAAUACCAGAUCAAUUGAGGUGUUCUAUUGAAAAGUUUGCAGAAAAUGGAGCUUAUAUUUUGGAAAAUGGAGUAUAUAUGUUUAUGUGGCUUGGUAUGGGUGUAAGUCAAACAUUUUUGUCAGAUGUGUUUGGUUGUAAGAACAUAACAUGUACAACUGUACAUUCUGCCAUUCCUGUGUUGGAUAAUCCACUCAACAAAGCUAUUCAUCACGUAUUGUCUAAAAUUCAAAAACAACGAAGCCACACAAUGAGACUUGUAAUUGUACAGCAAAAAAAUAAAAUUGAAACUAUUAUGAGAAAUUACUUAGUUGAAGAUCAUGGCACCGACAAUAGUCUAUCUUAUGUAGAAUUUUUGUGUCAUAUGCAUAAGGACAUUCUCGAUUUUCUCAGUUAG